AUGACCCACUGGGAGGAGGCCCGCGGGACCCAGAGAAGACCCAGAGGCGACCCAGAGAAGACUCAGAGAAGACCCAGAGAAGACCCAGAAAAGACCCAGAGGAGACCCAGAGAAGACCCAGAGGAGACCCAGGGGAGACCCAGAGGAGACCCAAAGAAGACCCAGAGAAGACCCAGAAAAGACCCAGAGGAGACCCAGAGAAGACCCAAAGGAGACCCAGGGGAGACCCAGAGGAGACCCAAAGAAGACCCAGAGAAGACCCAGAGGAGACCCAGAGAAGACCCAGAGAAGACCCAGAGAAGACCCAGAGAAGACCCAGAGAAGACCAAGAGGAGACCCAGAGAAGACCCAGAGGAGACCCAGAGGAGACCCAGAGGAGACCCAAAGAAGACCCAGAGAAGACCCAGAGGAGACCCAGAGAAGACCCAGAGAAGACCCAGAGAAGACCAAGAGGAGACCCAGAGAAGACCCAGAGGAGACCCAGAGGAGACCCAGAGGAGACCCAAAGGAGACCCAGAGAAGACUCAGAGGAGACCCAGAGAAGACCCAGAGAAGACCCAGAGAAGACCCAGAGAAGACCCAGAGGAGACCCAGAGGAGACCCAGAGAAGACCAAGAGGAGACCCAGAGAAGACCCAGAGGAGACCCAGAGGAGACCCAGAGGAGACCCAAAGGAGACCCAGAGAAGACUCAGAGGAGACCCAGAGAAGACCCAGAGGAGACCCAGGAAAGACCCAGAGAAGAGCCAGAGGAGACCCAGAGGAGACCCAGGAAAGACCCAGAGAAGAGCCAGAGGAGACCCAAAGAAGACCCAGAGAAGACCCAGAGGAGACCCAGAGAAGACCCAGAGAAGACCCAGAGUAGACCCAGAGAAGACCCAGAGGAGACCCAGAGAAGACUCAGAGAAGACCCAGAGAAGACCCAGAAAAGACCCAGAGGAGACCCAGAGAAGACCCAGAGAAGACCCAGAGGAGACCCAGGGGAGACCCAGAGGAGACCCAAAGAAGACCCAGAGGAGACCCAGAGGAGACCCAGAGGAGACCCAGAGGAGACCCAGAGGAGACCCAGGGGAGACCCAGAGGAGACCCAAAGAAGACCCAGAGAAGACCCAGAGGAGACCCAGAGAAGACCCAGAGAAGACCCAGAGAAGACCCAGAGGAGACCCAGAGAAGACCCAGAGAAGACCCAGAGGAGACCCAGAGGAGACCCAGAGGAGACCCAAAGAAGACCCAGAGAAGACCCAGAGGAGACCCAGAGAAGACCCAGAGAAGACCCAGAGAAGACCAAGAGGAGACCCAGAGAAGACCCAGAGGAGACCCAGAGGAGACCCAGAGGAGACCCAAAGGAGACCCAGAGAAGACCCAGAGGAGACUCAGAGGAGACCCAGAGGAGACCCAGAGGAGACCCAGGAAAGACCCAGAGAAGAGCCAGAGGAGACCCAGAGGAGACCCAGGAAAGACCCAGAGAAGAGCCAGAGGAGACCCAAAGAAGACCCAGAGAAGACCCAGAGGAGACCCAGAGAAGACCCAGAGAAGACCCAGAGAAGACCCAGAGGAGACCCAGAGAAGACCCAGAGGAGACCCAGAGGAGACCCAGAGGAGACCCAAAGGAGACCCAGAGAAGACUCAGAGGAGACCCAGAGAAGACCCAGAGAAGACCCAGAGAAGACCCAGAGAAGACCCAGAGAAGACCCAGAGGAGACCCAGAGGAGACCCAGGAAAGACCCAGAGUAGACCCAGAGAAGACCCACAUUCUAAAACAUGAAAUGUAA